AUGUCUAAGAAAGUUUUGCUUUGUGUUCUGGGUCUUGGCCUGGCUCUUAUUUGCCAUGCCCAAAACAGCACUCAAGUCUUCCUUGACCUCCAUAACACCGCACGUAGAGCGGCUGGGGUUGGUCCCUUGCAGUGGAACUCAAGCCUAGAAGCAUACGCUAGGAAAUACGCAAAUCAGAGAUAUGAUUGCCAGCUGAUUCACUCAGAAGGGCCUUACGGUGAAAACAUCUACUGGGGCUAUGGUGAGGGGUUCAUGGACGCUGAGGCCGCAGUUAGAUAUUGGGUUGAUGAGAAGGACUAUUACGAUUACAACACCAAUUCUUGCUUGAAGGGCAAGGACUGCUUGCAUUAUACCCAAAUAGUAUGGAAGAAUUCUAAAAAUCUUGGUUGUGCUAGUUCCCAUUGCUCUAAUGGAGGAAUGUUCACCACGUGUAACUACUAUCCUCCAGGGAAUUAUGUUGGAGAAAGACCAUAUUGA